CCACGUCCGAAAACGCGCGCUCCACGCACCCGGUGCGAGCGAGCGAGCUUAGCGCGGGUUCUCCCUGCUCUCUCUGCCGCGCUGCGCUGCGCCUAGCGUAGCUGAACAGGUUAGCCCCUCGUCGAACGGGAUAAUUCGUCGCCAGUUUCUCCUGUGCGCGGUUACCUGGUUCCCGUCGCGGUCAAACUAUUCCUUCGUCGGGUCGCUCGUCGUUCCUCUCGUUUCGUCCCGGUUGCCCGCUUGCCAUCGCGCGUACGACGCGGACUAGUCGCUCCGCGCUGCUUGCGAUCGUCUCUUACGUUUCCCGUGUGUCCAGCUGCGCGCUUGCCAAGCUCUCCUUCGGGGUGUCGUAUCGUUCCAUUUUAUGGCUCGAGUUGCCCCUUUCCUCGCUGGCUUUGCUCGCAUUCCGCACAGCCAGGUGCCCUGACUGCUGCACCAACUUGCCUCGGAAUCCUACUAUUCGUUUUAUUUCGUUGCGCGUUUACUUAUCCUUUGCUCGGACUCUUUUGGGAUGCAUCGCACGGUGGUUGAUACACGCCGAUGAAACUUGUGACUCCUGCGAUCAAAUUUGAAUAAUCGAAGGGAUGAUUAGGGGAGCGACGAGGAUACGAAAUGCGGGAUGAAGUGAGGAAUCGUGACGGUGCAAGAUCGAACAUAAGUGCGCGCGUGUGGUUCGUGUGUGUAUACAUGUUCCAUCAUCCGAGCCAACGGUAAGCGGGAGAGAAGAGGACUCGGGCCAACAGAAGCCGGAACCGAAAAAUGGAUGCGACGUCACUGCGACUCAUUUCCGGACUGCUUUUGUUCGCCUACACCACGUCACACUCUGGUCGUGCGAGAAACGGACCCAAUUACUACGGUAAAUUUAUCGGCACCUUCCAAAACUUUGCCCAUGACGUUGCGGGCGACGCAUACGCCGUGGACGACUAUAUAAUAUUCAUAAAAGGAUUCUGCUACGAUGGGACCGCACCGCAGGCGUACUUCUGGGUCGGGAACGGCUCGGCCCCCAACCCGCAAGGUUACGUUGUCCCAUAUCCGGAUGUGGAAAAGGGCAUGGAACCACCGGUGCUUCAAGCGUACAACAAUACGGACAUCAUUCUGAGGCUGCCCGACGGAAAACGGAUACGGGACAUCAACUGGCUCAGCGUUUGGUGCCGUCGAUUUACCAUCAACUUUGGCGAGAUUCGUAUUCCGCCAAAUCUAGUAGUGCCAAAGGUGAGAGUGCUGCCGGAAUUUUCGAGGUUGGCCCACGGUCUUCGCAGCGGGAACAUCACCAUUCUAGAUAGCAAAACUUUCUACAUUCCGAAUUUACAUUACGAUGGCGCAGGCCCGGAUGCUUAUUUCUGGAUCGGAAACGGUUCGGAGCCCAGCACGUUCGGCACCAAAGUACCCAACGAAAGAAAAAGCUUGACUCCGCUGCAAGGGUACCAAGGCGAAGACAUCGAAUUAGUUUUACCAGGGAAUCUGACCGUGUUCGACAUCGAUUGGUUAGCGGUAUGGUGCGUCGAGUACAAGCACAACUUUGGACACGUUAUGAUUCCGAAGGACCUGAACGUUCCGCCCGCCCUUGGUCAAACCAAAAUCACGCCGCCUUGGUGGUACGAUCCUACGAGCAGCGCACCAACGCAACCUCUGGUUAAACACGAGCUGACCAACUGCAAGGAGAUGCUGAAGGGCCGCGUGCAGGUGCAGUGGGAGUUGUUCGGGGAGGACAUAAAGAUAAGGGUGUCGGGACGAAUCGAAGAGGACCAGUACGUCGCCUUCGGUUUGUCCGGUAGCGAGGGAAAGUCUGAAAUGAUCGGCGGUGACGUCGUCGUGAUCGCUUACAAUAACGGGACGGGCAAAUUCAUCGCCGAGGACUACUACAUGUCGAAUAUCGCGCAAUGCGAUGGCAGAGAGGGCGUAUGCCCGGACGAAAGAGUUGGAGGGAAAAACGACGCCGUCCUUGUGCAUGGAGAACGGAAUAACGGAGUGACGACAGUUACCUAUAUGAGACCUUUAAGAACCAACGAGCCAGUGAAAGACAGAAUGAUACCAGACUCCGAGACCAGCGUGAUCGCAGCGAUAGGAAAACUAAAUCACAGAGGGGAAGCCAACGCUCAUGAGAGAUUCGACAUGACCACCGAAGAUAUUCGUAUCGAUUUUACGUCGAGGAACGUCCAUGAAUGUAAAAAUUCCCUCUACAAUCUUCCAGACAUGUCCGACAUCAAGGCUUGGACACCGGCAGUAAUCACCAACGAAACUACUUUCAACGCAAGAAUCGGGCCUACCGGUGGGAAACGAGGUUACUCGAGAAUUACAGGUGAACCUUCUUGGGGCAUCGCUUGGUACAUCAACGACUUGCUGAUCCCAGAGAUCACCGUCAAGAGGGGAGAAACGUACACGUUCAUAGUGGAGGGUGGAAACGAUCCUAGUAAUCAAGCGAGGUACCAUCCAUUUUAUAUCACCGACAGUCCUGAGGGUGGGUUCGGUCAAAAGACUGAGGAAGAACAGAUGGAUCAGAGAGCAUUCGCCGGUGUAAAAUACGACGAGGACGGAAAUCCUUAUCCGGACGCGGCUGGCCGUUACUGCGAAUGGACUCACAAGACGGUGGAUAUGAGCGCAGAAACGGAAACGUUCGAAAGUUUCUUCGAAACUCUUAGACUGAAAUGCGACGAAGGUGAACCGGCGAAACUUGUUUGGACCGUGGCCGAAGACACUCCGGAUUUGGUGUACUACCAGUGUUACGUGCACAAUAACUUGGGCUGGAAGAUACACGUUGUCAGCAGCGCGCACACAACCGUACCGAUCAUAUCGAUGAUCACAACGCUCGUCGUCGGUCUCUUAAUGCUCUCGAGAUGAAUCCCUCGAUCGUCUAGCGCAAACUACGCGGGGUAACGUAGAGAGCACACGAGAGGAGAGGCCAAAAAAAGAGACGAUAAGGCAUCGACGAGAAGAAUCUCGCAUAAGUAACGAUGGUGAUAAAAAACAAAAAAAAAAAAAUAUUCGAUUAUCAAAAUCGGCUGAUACACGAUACAAGGUUGUAAGAAAGUACUUAGUGCGUAAGGUUUAAUCUAACGUAAAAAGAUUAGCAAAAUAUUUUUAAGAUCUAUCAGAUUCAAUAUUUCGUAUCAUACGAUAUAUGUAUAUGUAUAUUUAUACAUAUGUAUACAUAUACACAGAUAUAUAUAAAUCUAUAUAUACAUACUUACUAUAUAUUAUAUACAUACAUCCACACAUAUUAAACACAACACACGAGGAAAACGAGAUUCGAAGUGAUUUUUAAUGUUAAAGAAUUUAAGGGACUACUUAAGAAAACGGAGAAGGGAUGUUUCUGACAAUAACAAAUCAGGACGGGCGAACGCGGAAAUUCUGACAAUAAUGAGAAACGAACGAUGUUCGCGGGGUAGACGAUAGGUAAAUUGUAAGAGGGAAUGUCGAGUACAUUGAUGCGCGACGAAAUUAAAAGAAAACCGGAAGAGCAUCGGUGGUACGAUAUGUACAAUGUAAAUUUUGCACAAAGCUUUAGUUGAAUAUAACGUAACUAUAAAAUCGAGUAACCCUUCAGAUAUACAUUUAUAAAUGCUGUCGACUUGACAAUAAUACGUAGGGUAGCGAACGACAAAGAAAUCGCUGACGAAGAAACGAGAAUUAUGUACAAGGUAACGUCGGACAAUAUAAUUAAGGGCGAUACAAGUUACAAAUUAUCCCCCUAUACGUGUAACAAUGCUAUAAUAUGUACAUACUAUAGAGUGGACCUUCCUAAAACGGAAUGAAAGUAUAAAAUGUGCCUUGGGUACAGAUAAUGAACUUCUUUAAUUACACGAAUUAGGAACCACUCGGACAGGAGAUGCCCCUAUAGUACUUAGGAACUGGUUCCUUGCGCGUUCAGCGCCAAAAAUAUCAGAGAAACGAUACAUCGUUUCUAAAGACGCGUCGCGAGCAAAUCUAGAUUUCAUCAUCUAGAUUCACGAAAAUGGUGAACGAAUAAUCGAGAAAUGCACACGUUAAAAAUUGAACAAAAUUGAAAGAACCGAACGUGGUAUCUCGAAAAUCCUUUUCCACUGUAAAAGACGCGAGACGUGCAACCAAGAAAUCGGAGAAAUACAUAAUCAUUUUAAAGCAGUAGCGAAGAUCGAUAUCGAAGCUUUCGCGUGUCCAGAUUCUAAGUAUCGGGGUGUCCUCAAAAUUGCCAGCAGUGAAAAUUCUUUGCAAUUCCAAUUGCUUAUCGCACGAAGACCAGUCUGUAUUUAACUACGUAUGCAUACAUACCUAACAUAUACGUUACAUAUACAAUAUAUGCAUAUAUAAAUAUACAUACAUAUAUUAAACACACAUACAUAACACGAAGUACGUGUAUACAUACAUAUGAGAAGAAGAAAUUUCGAAGACUUACGUCAUUUCGCUGUCAGCGGUGUCCAAGCACUAUUCACAGCUCGCAAUUACCUCUGGUAAAUGUCCACGUAACGGUGACAAUUAAAUAGACGUCUAGCAUCAACUUUUGUCCAUUCUUCUGUCUCGUUUUGUUCAUGUCCUCGAUGAUCAGGGUCAAUUUCUUUCGAAGCAAAUCGCGUAAAUCUCGAGCGACGAAUACGUUGGACACGGCUGUUUUAGCUCUCGCGCGAGAAGCAUCAAAACCAGUCUUAAGUAGAAUUACGUGCUAACUACCACUGUAAGUUAAUUAAGCGACAAUAACGACGAAGGGCGAUCGUGUCACCGACAAUACUCGACGGCGAUUCUCCGAAGGAUCGAACAGAAUUGUCUGCAUCUGUAUCUUAGAAUACACAUCGUUUUUUACCUUCCGUUUUCUCCGCUUCCGCCCGUCCUUCUCUCCCAUUUUCACUUUUCUUUCGUCCUUUGUUUCUUUAAGCGAAUCCUUCGGCAGACCGAGGCGAAGUCUAGUACGUAAGCGGAUGAAACUCCUACUUCUGUGAACGACAAUAAUAAAGAUACCGACUUGCCGGAUUGGAUUUUCAUAGGGCUGCUUCGGAGAGAAACGACAGAACGCGAAUCAAUACGCGAUAGACAUACAAUAAAGAAAUCGUCUCCAUCUUGCUGUCCCGUUUCCGAAUCCUCUUCAGACAAUAAUUGUAUUAUCGCGGAAGUCGAUGUUAUUCGGACGAUAAUGUGGUGUUAAUGUUAAGUCUAUUCGCACAAUAGGAAAGAUCUCUAUAUUUUUGUCGAGGCAAUGAAGCGUAUUCGAACAACGAGUAGCGAAUGCGACGAUAGGUGCUCUUUCGAAGAAAGAUCCUUCACCGUUGAACCUGUGAACGAUAUUUACGGACACGACGUGCUAUUCCAAAAUUUUCUAGAUUAUUCUGGACAAUAACCGUACCCGAUUUCUUUAAGUACAAACAUCGAUGAUCGACCUUGACAUUAGAGACAAUAACGUAGCCAAUGUGAUAAUACGAUAUAAAGCACGCUCUUUCGCGGGACAGCGGUUAUCGUUCGUCGGAGAAUAAUCUCAACAUCGGGGCGUUGAGCGAACAAAGUAUCUGUACGGAUCAAUUAUUCGAGGUGUAAGUGUACAAUGAUCGUGUCGAAUGGCGUACGAUAUACCUACUGCAAUAAGUUCGGUUAACAGCGACGUUAAGCUACUAGGUGUAACGAUUGUAUGUACAGAUCGAGACGAGAAACGUAAGUAGCGAUGUAAAAUUAUACCUUUUCAUCUUCUCCCCUUCUCCUUUCUAUCUAUCUAUCUAUCUAUCUAUCUAUCUAUCUAUCUAUCUCCCAUUUUUCACUUCAUCUUUUAGGAUAUUAAGCGGUAAGCUGUUUUGAGCGUUCGGAUUAUCGCGGAGCAGCCCUGCUAUGUCCCUCAAGUUGUUAGCCAUUAAGAAAGCAAAUACAUACCGUAGUCGCUAAGGAAAAAAGAAACUUUUUCUUUUCGUUGUGUCGACGUGUAAUUUUAAAAAUGAAGAGCGAUGGAAUGAGUCCGGGAAUGAUUGUAUUGCUGAAUGCCUACCGUGAACGAUCAAAACGGUCUUCUUGUUUGGUGUAUCGUACACUCCCGGAGUGCGACAUUCGACUCACUAGCGAUACCUUAGCUGAUAAAGAUGUUUUACAUUUUAUGUCUCGUGUUGUAGUUAAGGUAUGGAUAGCGUUUUGCUUGUGUAACUUUUUCUUCCGUGCCCGCCGAUUUCUCGUGGAAGUCGAGAGGGAUACGCGCGCCGAUAGACAAGCCGAUGUUGUUUCGAGAAUCAGCCGAAGAAAGAAGAUAGAAUACGAUUCUAUCUGGUUAGCGCUCAAUUCGGUCCAGCUCUCCAAAUAUCUCGUAAGAACAACACCCCCUUGAGCAGUCCUUUUCUCGCAAUUAACUCGAACGAUCUGCGUUCUCGAAACCUGAAACUGUUCGAGGUUUCUAAAUGCAAGACGUACAUUCUUGUAUUCCUAUUACCCACACUUGAUUUUCUUUCUCGAUACCUGUUCACAUAUCCCUAUCGAACAUAUCCCUAAUGUAAGGUUCGAACACUUUGAAUCAAGUUCAAGAUCGAUGUCACGGUUUCAGACAAAGGCGAACUCUCCUUGGAUUUACUAUAAAUGUCGUUAGGUAAAAGCUGUCACGCGCUCUCAAGAUCGGUGUUUGUAUCUCUAAUUUACCCCGAAAGCCGUCUGAGGAUAUUUCUAAAUCUUGAGUCGAAAAAACGUAGGAAAAAAAAGAGAUCCAGGAGUCGCGAAUCGCUGGUCGUAAACAAUAUAGUUGCUUACGCGCGCGAAGAACACUGAACGAUGGAGAAAUGACACGCAACACUCUCUGUACGAUGAUUAACUAGAAAUAAGUGAAAAGGAGCAACGUUCGAGAUAGCGAUAUUAAGGGUUUGUCGCGCAAUCGAGUGGAUGUUAUAACACUGUCAAUAUGCAUGUAACGACGAAAGUCUUCUCGUUUCAACGAUACCGCAGGGAUACUCGGAGACUUUUAAACUGGAUAUAUCUUUCUGAAUCUUGUCCUCGUGGUAGAAUAUAUUUUCACACUUUAGGAACACGGCGUGGAAAAUCGAAAGAAAAGUAAGACACUGUAUCGGUGUUUCGGCUCUUUGCACUCUUGGAACCGUGGUCUCGUCCUAAUUAAAAAACAACACGGAACGCAUAGUAAGCUGACAUACUUGUAUCUCUAUCUGAAUUGAAACUCCGCCGAUAGCAGAAUCGUAUCGGAAAUGAAACUCGAGAGAGUGCUAUCGAAAGUGUGUAAAAAAAAAAAAGUACGUAAUAAGAAUUUGUUCGUUAUAAUAGACCGUCCCUGGGUUACGGUUGAAAAUUUUAAAGAUAUAUUUUUAAAGGGCAAAUAUCGUUAAGUGAAUGUUACGAAACUCGUCGAAACAGUUUGGAAAUUUCUCAAAUGAUCGUGACCCGGAACUCUGUUUAUCCGCGCAUGGCGGAAGAUAAAACGGAACGACAGAGAUUCACCUAAUCUCCCCUUUUCGAUGAUUUCAAUUUUCUUUUCAAGAAAUUUUAAAUUUCUUUGGAUAAGUAAAGUUUUAGGACCGCCGCGCAUUGUAUCGUAUAUGUAUAGCCUAGCCUACUCUAAACCAGUAUCUUUCAACCGAUUUUCUUGCGUAACAAGAAUUCCUCUGGACUAGAUUAGGCUAGACUGUGCCGUGUUCGAUACGCGAUGAGCCUUACCGUAUCUAAAAUCGAUGGAACGCAGUAAAAUAGUCCCGCAGUGGUCAAACGCGAGUGCGAAGAGUCGAAAAGGAGAAGUCCAUGAAAAACCAUUUCCAGAAUUAUCAUAGAUAAGUCGUUUUCGAACACACUGACGCGCACUCAUUAGCAAUUAGAACGUCCCGUAGAAAUUAUCUUAGUUCGUGAGCUAACAAUGAAACAAAAAGAAAAAAAAAAAACGGAAUAAGUAAAAUUGAUCAACCACCAUCGAAGAACAUGUGAAACGGAUAAACGAAAAUGAAUCUAUGCCCGGAGAGGCGAGUUUCGGCAAAUUUAUCAAAGUCUCGCAUAUUGAAAAAAUAAAAAAUAAAAAUACAUAUAUAAAAUGUAGCAUUAUCAAGAAUGAUAACAAUUGUCAACCGUUUUUUUCAACGUUUACGUGUUAGACUAGGUUAAUCAACAAAGUAACUCUAUUAAUCGUGUACUCGUAUUACUGUAAAGUCGAUUCGAUCGUCGAGAUUCUCGUGUUUCCUGCUUUGAACGUACAAUCUAGAUUUUUGUAUUCGUUGAGAAAUAUGGAAUUGCCGCUUCAAAGGAUCAGCAAUAGCGAACGUGUGAAUCGAUUCGCAUCAGUUGGAAGCAUGUGAACAUCGUAAAUUCGGUCGAUCGUUCAUUUUUUUCUUUUCUUUUUUAUUAAUGAAACGAAAGCAUUUCGUGGAGAGUUUAAUUUUCUCGACAUAGUCUAUAUGCACAGUACAGUAUGUAAAGGAUAAGCGAGUUUACUUAUAGCGUUAAUCUGUCUUUCGUGAACAAAGAAGGAAAAAUGGAUAGUAUAUACGCAUAAUAUGCACCAAGCCGCACAGAAAGGAAUGCUCGCGCGUGUUCCAAACAUAAACAAACCUCGAAGUCGCAUAUAAUAACGUUAAUGGAAGAAUAACAUAAAGAAGACUGCUCUCGCCAGCAAAAAGCAUCAUCUCCCUUCAAAGAAAAUAGAUAAUUAGAGACGUGGGGCGGCCUUGACAAGGACGAAGACAGGGGUAAAUGUUGCGGAAACCCUGAUGUAUACUUUUAACAAAACUUGUCGCAAAGAAAAAUUCACAUCGUAGAAAAUUGGAAGUUUGACUUUCUUUCCUACUUACAGUCAGAUCGAAGAAGGAAUUGUGUCGAAAGACCCCCCACAGCUCACUCCGAUAAGGAUAAUUGUUAGACCACUCUAUUGUCCAUGUUUAAGGCCGACUCUGUAUAGAAAACUCCAAUUUACGCUACGCAUUAAAAAUACUUUCGUUCUU